UGCACACAAAGCCAGGUCCAGACCUGACAGAAACGUUGUUGCUGUUUGGGGGAUUUAAAAGAAAAAGAAAAAGAACCCGACCACCUGCUGAAUCGGGUGCAAAUAUGAUAAAGAAAAUGUCGCCGUCCGAGAAUGAGUUCGACAUCCCGGCCAAGAACUGCCACCGGAUGGUGAUCCUGGGCUCCACUAAAGUUGGAAAGACAGCCAUCAUCUCUCGGUUUCUCAAUGAGAGAUUCGAUGACCAGUACACUCCUACUAUUGAGGACUUUCACAGGAAAUUCUACAGCAUCCGGGGGGACGUUUACCAGCUGGACAUUCUUGACACAUCUGGAAAUCAUCCUUUCCCUGCAAUGAGGAGACUCUCAAUUCUCACAGGCGAUGUUUUCAUCCUGGUGUUCAGCCUGGACAACAGAGACUCGUUCCAGGAGGUGCAGCGCCUGAAGCGCCAGAUCCACGAAACCAAGUCGUGUCUGCGCAACAAAACCAAAGAGAAAGCGGACGUUCCGCUCGUCAUCUGCGGCAACAAGUGCGACAAGGACUUUUACCGGGAGGUGCAGGACGAAGAGAUCGAGCAGCUGGUCGCCGGAGACGAGCACUGCGCGUAUUUUGAGGUCUCCGCCAAGAAGAACACCAACGUGGACCAGAUGUUUCAGACGCUCUUCACCAUGGCCAAGCUGCCGAACGAGAUGAGCCCCGACCGCCACUGCAAGGUCUCGCUGCAGUACUGCGACGUUCUGCACAGAAAGUCCUUCCGAAACAAGAAGUUCAAGGACGGGAAUGCGUACGGGAUCGUGGAGCCGCUCGCGCGCAGACCGAGCGUCCAGAGCGACCUGAUGUACAUAAAGGAGAAGGCGAUAGGAGGCGGUCAGGCCAAAGAGAGAGGCUGCAUCAUCUGCUGACAAAUGACUGCAAAGUCCAAGACUCUAGAACUGUUGAAGCCAGUGUGUCUGCCUUGGAAACAUGAGACCAAAACAUGAAAUCUGGAUCCACACUGGAUCUAAAGCUGUGGUGCAGUUGCUCUGAAAAUGCUGUAAAUCUGUAUUUCUGUGAGUUUUUUGAGAGCAGCAUUGAAGAGAAUGUUUACACUUCGCCUUUAUUCUCAGACAGGGUGAAACUUGAAUGUUUGUCGCAGAAUGAUCAAAGAGAAUCAUUUGUGUGUGUAUUUAUUAUGUCCUCGACAUUUUUUUUUUUUGCAUAAAGAGAAAAUAAAACACUUGCUACUUUUUUAACCUGUC